AUGCACUUGGCGAAGAGCAGGAAGUUGAGCUGUCUGGGGAGCCUUGAAACAGAGCCUCUAGCUGAUGAACUUCGCUUGAAGAUUAUUACUUGCGCGAUCCUUCUUGGAGUCGGCAACUGUCGCACAGCCAUGAUGAAAGCGGGUGCCGCCAAGUUGGGGAUGCCCAAGGCGGGACUCCAGGAGCGGGCGAAGCAGGCUUCUCCAGCUCCCUCUUCGUCAUACUCCACUAGCGCCUCCACGGCCAUGAGGACUUCCAGAUCGUCCGGUACGCUGGCCUCAGACCAGCGCCUCGGCCGGCUGAAACGCGCCAACAGCGAUGACGCGCUGACGAAGGCCGCGCCGGCAGCCGCUGCUCCUGGCUUACGCGUGAAGAAGACCGUGACCGCUGGAGCUAUCUCGGAUCUCGCUGAGGCCCGGCCCCGUAGUCUCGCUGGUUGUCACGGAACUAAGAAGUCUGGCAUCCCGGCCCCAAGAGAAAUCCCAUCUUCAAUAACAAGGGACCGCAUCUCCCUUAGGGACCAGUUGAGGAGCUCCUCCUCUAAAAGGAUUGUUUCAAGUGCCAGCACUUCCAGUCUCUCUACCCUGGCAAAGCAAACACGAAGUUCAACUAAAUGUCGUGGAGAAGCAGAAGGCCAGGAAAGGGGCCUCCUGGAAUGUCAGGUUAAAGAGCUGUUAGCUGAAGCCAAGGCUAAAGACUUGGAGAUCAGCAAUCUCCGCAUGGAGUUGCAACGUUGCAGAGGUAAAGCCUCCACUUCUUCCCCAUUACCAUCACCAUCACCUGUUUCAGUAUCACCUCAAGCUCUGUCUGCAGAACAGACAGAAGAGGGAAAGCUCCCAGAGGCUCUUGUGCUCGUUCAGGAGCUGAGGGAAAAGAAUGCAAAGUUUCAGAGAGAGCUUGCAAACCUCAGAGAAGAGAACCAAGUGCUAAAGAGAAGACUUCUUUCUUUUGAGACCUUACCAUUGUCUGGCAGCCCUCCUAAACCUCGGAACGGCCUACUGUUAGAGGCCAGCCCGACGGCCGGCCUCAUGACAAAAUCUGUCUCCUCCAGCUUUGUCAAGGAGUCGCCUUCAUCCGACUCAUCAGAGUUUGAAAAGAUCCCGCGUUCAGAAUCCAUAAGCAGCAAUGUCAGUAGUGAAGCCACUGCGGGUGGGCAUGAUGUGUCUGUACGGAGCCUAACGGAACAGAUCCACAAAAUGGAGGAAAACCACCACAGCACUGCCGAGGAGCUACAGGCCACUCUGCAGGAGCUUUCUGACCAGCAGCAAGUGGUGCAAGAACUGACGACUGAGAAUGAGCGUCUGGCUGAGGAGAAGCGCCUUCUCCAGACCUCACUCCAGCAGCAGAGAGAAUGUUUAGAGCUGCUCUCCCAGAAGAAUGAGGCAUUGGUUAGCCGACUUCAGGAGCAGGCCCAGGCUCAGGCCCAGAGGGAGGAUGAGUUCAGGAGCCAAGGUCCUCGACUUGUUGAACUAGAGCAAAGGUACACUGAGCUGGUUGAGAGCUCACGCUUUGAACGGGAGAAGCUGGUGAACAUCCAGCAGCAGUUAACAAGCAGCCUACGAGCUCUCGAGGAGGAGCACCAGGACGCGCAGGGCCAGGUGCGUGGCCUCCGAGAAGAGAUGGAUAGGCUGCAUGGCCAACUGAACCGGGAGCUGGAAGCCAGGGGUGAAGCCGCACAGUCAGCAGAAGAGCAGAGAGCUACAGUUGACUCUCUCAGAGUGGAAAAUAGUAGGAUGAAGGCACAGGUGGACAUAGAGAGGCAAAAGGUGUGUGAGCUGAAGGCCAUGCAGAGUGCCAGCGACAGUACUGAGCUGCAGAGCCUCCUCAAGACAGCCCACGCUGAGAGAGACCGACUUGAGCAGGAGUUGACAGAACUGAGGCAGGACCUGCUGCAGGCCCAAGAUGAGACUGAGCACGUACGAGCCAGCAUGUCCGAGGUGGAGGCCAAAGGCCAGCAGGUCCAGGAAAGAGCGGAGAUGAGGGAGCAGGAGCUCACCAGACGGGUGAGGGCCUCGGAAGAGGCGGGCAUCCUGGCCGAGAAACAAGUGAAGGACAUGAAGGAGACCGUCUUUGAACUGGAGGACCAAGUGGAGCAGCAGCGGGCCAUCAACCUCCAUACGAAUCAAGCAGUCCUCGACUUGGAGAAUUUUGUUAAAAACAUAGAAGAGCAGAAAUUUGAAGCAGAACGACAACUGAAGGUUUUUAGUAGGCAGAUGAAGGAGGAAAAAGACGAGUGGCGUCGGUUUCAGGCCGAUCUCCAGACGGCGGUGGUGGUCGCCAAUGACAUCAAGGUGGAAGCGCAACAGGAGCUGCGCACGCUCAGACGGCAGCUGCAGGAGGAGCAGGAUCGCAAUGCCGAGCUUUCUUUCGACCUGGAGGCCCUGCGAGGUGUCAGGUCUCAAGACAAGUCCGCUCGUGACGGCAGUCGUAAGUGGGGCGCUGUGAUCCCGAGCCCGCCUACCGACGCCAACGGUGAUGCCGGUAAGGCGCCCGGAGCUACCGCCGAGUCCCUCGUUAAGUCACCCGAAAGGCUUACCGGUGGACAGAAUGGACCAGGCCUCGCAGUUCAAAUCCACAGCUCACCUCGAAGUCUGCUCAGCGGGAUCCCCAUGCGCACAGCACCUGCCGCCGCGGUCUCGCCGAUCCAGAGGCAGUGGUACAUAAAGCCCUCGUCAGAGUUGCUGGAAAAAAGAAUCAGUCACGGAGACUUUGUUCAUCCUCACGAUUCCCCAGGGAGGUUUUCAGGUUGUGGGGAAGAUGCAAAACCUAACAUCCUGAUGAGGAAGAGUCCGUCCCUGGAGUCUAUAUUCAAAAGUCCCGCUUCCCUGAGAAGCCGCACGUCGUCUUUUAGCUGCAACCAGGCCAACGGCGUGUUCAGUACGGACCCCUUGGCUGCACUCGCGCGGGAGUAUGGGGGAUCUAAGAGGAAUGCUCUACUGAAGUGGUGCCAGAAGAAAACACAAGGCUAUCCGGAUAUCGACGUGACCAACUUCAGCAGCAGUUGGAGUGACGGUUUGGCUUUUUGUGCCCUCCUGCACACAUAUUUGCCCGCUCACAUCCCUUACCAGGAACUCAUCAGUCAAGAUAAGAUCCGCAACCUGACUUUGGCCUUCCAGGCCGCCGAGAGCGUCGGAAUCAAACCUUCCCUGAACGUCGAGGAGCUGAUGAAGACCGACAGGCCCGACUGGCAGAGCGUCAUGCAGUACGUCUCUCAGAUCUACCGGUACUUCGAGACCUGACCGGCCUUCCCGGCGGACGCGCCUCGCUUCGCCUCCGGCCGCUCGAGCCCGUCUCUUCCGGAGCAGCUGUUUCCCACUGCGAAGCGUCCAAGGACAACGCGGCCGCUCGAAGUCGAAGACGUGCGGCUCGCUUGCGCCGCUCGCUUUUUCGACAGGUUCGACUUCGCCGCGUGGAACUCGACGGAGGUUGCGAAAUGCAACUUGCCCUUUUUCUCGUCGCAAGGCCCUAACCUCCGCCUUGCGCCCCCGACCGUCACGUGAGCCCUCGACAGCGACGCUGCUGCGGCUGCUUUUAGAUUAUGUCCGGUACAGGAAAUGUGUGUAAUUCCGCCACGACAGCCGACGUCGUUCAGUAUGACGCUCAGCGCGUGUUGUUGGCUUUGCAAAUCAAACGUUAUUUAUUUACGUGCGCAUCCUGAGGAGUGAACACGUGGACAUCCAGUCCAUCUGUGAAUUUGUCUAUGUCAUGAUGUCACCUUUCCAGAGCUGUCGCAUUAAUAAAGGAACGUCCAUUUCUCUUUCUUCUUAACACUCGUUGAACGCGGGCGGCCAGGAGCAACCGAAUCGCCUCCCGGUUUCACCUCACCGAUUGUCGUAGCACCUUUUGAUGAGGGGCUUUUUGAUUCCUCGUUUAGGCAACGGGUGCAAAAAGUACUCGCACUCACGUAGAAGUAAAGAUAGAAGAAAGACCGCUAAAGGUCGCUCGUUUUGAUUCGACACCUCGACGGAAAGGUUCAAAACAAAUAACUGAAAUGUACAAAAGGGAAAAUGAAUUGUGUACAAUAUCUGUUUUGAUAACUUAGCAAAUAACAAUUCACCGGUCAGACCGUCAACAUAUUUUGACCUUGGUGCGCUGCGCCAUUUUCCCACCGCACAUCCCUCAUCAACUAUUCAACGUCGGUUGCCCCGAAUAUUUUGCCAUUCGUGCUGUGGAACAUCCGAGUGCUCUUGAGCAAACUUCCCAACACGCAGCAACGGCUCCCUCCUCGGCGUUCUCCCACGGACCUCGUUCUUCUUGAAUGUUUUGCAGAUGCUACAUUUGUCAACAGCGAUGUCGGCGUCCGACAGUGGUUUCUGCGAGUCUUCGGCUGACAGUCUCGGGUUCAUCCUUCCGUCCCGUGCCACGCCCUUGCGCUCAUCUUUACGGGAAGGCCACUCCUUGGAAGACAAGCGACAAUUUGAACGUGACUUGGUCAUUCUUACCACAUCGCCAGUUAUAUGAGGGUUGAGUUGAGUUGUACAGGUUAUGUCACAUUAAUGGUGGAAAACGUGAUAGGAUGAUGUAUCUGGGUGUCUUUUUUUGUUGGUUUUGUUUUGUUUUUUUUCAUCACAAGAA